AUGGCUCUAGACUCAGCUAGUGAUAGAAACUUCAACACUAGGAAUCCAGAGGAGGCAAUCAGACUUAUUGAGAACUUGGCAUCCAACAACAUCACCAAGAACACUGAUUUUGAAAGAAACAAAUCGGCUCAUGCCCUAGGGAAGGAGCAGUUGGAAGAUGUUAAGGCUAAGCUAGAUAGUAAUCAGAGGUCUGGAAAUCAGAGUGGAUAUAGAAACUCCUAUGGCAAUGGUCAGAGGAGUGGAUACAACCAGAGUUCACAAUACCAGAAAUCCUACAACAGCAACUACAACAACAACAACAACAACAAACCUUAUGGAAAUUCCUACUACCAAAAUCAACCACAACAGACUCGACAAAGUAAGAUAGAGUCCAUGCUUGAUCAAGUUCUUGAGAGUCAGCAGAAUUUGAUGGUGAAUUUCAAUGGAAAGAUAUAUGAUGUCUACAUAGAGCUGAACUCAAAUUUUAAGUCUUUGAACACACAUGUGAGGAAGCUGAAGAAAAAAGUGGUUCAGAAAGGAGACACUAUUAAAAGGCAGGAAACCUUCAUGAAGGGUAAAGGGGAUGACUCACUUAAGCACCACGUGAAUGCCAUCAUGGAUGAUGAUUUCUGGCAAUUGGUUAAAGAGGAGAAGCUUCAGGAGGGCGACUUCCAUGUCGAAAGCUCCAUGAAUUUCGGUGGUUCACAUUAG